AUGGAGCAGCAAGAACAGCCGCCACUGCAGCAGCAUCUGCUGCUGCAGCAGCAGCAAAGCCCCGAGACUUCAGCAGCUGCAAACGAGGCCUUCAUGUUUGUGGUGUACAUACACUGCAUCAAGGGCGUCAAAGGGGAAGCAGCAGCAGCAAACGGAGCAGCAGCAGCAGCAGCAGCAGCAGCAGCAGGCCCUCGUGUUGCAGUCGAAUGGACAGCGCAAUCUGCGUCUGGGUGGAGCUACAACCGUUCUCCGGCCUACCCCAUCUCUUCAAGUAUUCCUUUUCGUUUCUUUUCCUUCCUUGUUGUUCCUGCUGCUGCUGCUGCUGCUGCUGCUGCGCCAGCAGCAGCAGCAGCAGCAGCAGUGCCUGCUCCUUGCACCCUUACGCUGCGCCUGGUUGAGGAGGGGACAAAUGUGCCCCUAAUGCUGGGAUCGACAGACUUGCGCACGUUUGGGCUGUCUGAGAGGUUUAGGAGACAAAAGGUGUACUUGGAAAGGACAGAUGUCUCACCGAGCAGCUGCCUAAGCGGCAGCAGCAGCAGCAGCAGCAAACUGCAGCAGCAGCGCGUUGCAUAUGUUUUCGUCGCCUCGCAGCGCCGCUGGCAGCAGCAGCAGCUGAGCAGCAGCAGCAGCAGCAGCAGCAGCAGCAGGCCACGGCAGCAGCAGUUGCACUUCACUGAGCCCCACAGCGACUUUCAGGCUUCGUAUCUACUCCAGGCCCUGUGUGCUCUUAUCGCUGAAAGGAAGCAAACUGCUGCUGCUGCUGCAUCUGUUGAUGCUGCUGCAGCUGCUGCUGCUGUUGCUGCUGCUGAUCCAGCAGCAGCUGCAGCAGCAAGUGUACAUAAAGACGCUUCUGAGUCCCAAUUAGCAGCAGGAAGCAGGUCAGCAGCACAAUCAAAGCAGCAGCAGCAGCAGCAGCAGCAGCAGCAGCAGCAGGACGAGGAGGAAGAUUGUGGCCACUUGCAGCAGCAGCAACAGCAGCAGCAACAGCAGCAGCAACAGCAGCAGCCGCGAGCGCAAGAAAGGGAUAUAACGAAGCCUCAGUUGCUGCUGCUGCACCAAGAAACACUGGAGCCCUACAACGAAGCAGCAGCAGCAGCAGCAGCAGCAGAGGUGCAGCAGCAGCAGCAGCAGCACUUCAGGGAAGACCCACAGAACAGCGCAUGCGCUGUGAGCCAUGGGGUGUCUCUUGUCGCUUCUGAAUUUGGCUUCCUGCAGCAGCAGCAGCAGCAGAAGCAGCAGCAGCAGACGCAGAUGCAGCAGGUGCAGCAGCAGCAGGUGCAGCAGCAGCAGCUGCAGCAGCAGCAGCUGCUGCCGCUGCACUGCCCCGUUGCUCCAGAAGAAAUGCUGCUUCAGCGUCGUGCUGCAGCAGCAAGAAACGCCAUACUCAGGGCCUGCAGCGGGUCGCUCGCCGCCCCACAGCGUCAUCAGCAGCAGCAGCAGCAGCAGCAGCAGCAGCAGCAGCAGCAGCAGCAGCAGCAGCAGCAGCAGCAGCAGCGCAGCCGCGCAAGAAGAAGCUUGUCUUCGCCUUUUAACUUUACUCCCUUUCCCCGCAGCACUCGGCUGCUGGACGAAAGUGUGCUGCAUUCUCCCUACAGCUGCUGCAGCAGCAGCAGCAGCGGCAACAGCAGCAGCAGCAGCAGUGCUGCAGCAACAGCCGACCCUUGGCGGUCCCUGACUGUUUCCCCUGUUGCAGCAGCAGCAGCAGCAGCAGCAGCUGAAAGUUCUUCUCCUGAUAGCGACGCUCUGACUCAAGAGCGGCUUUACGAGACUCCCAUGAAAAAGGAGCAGCAGCAGCAGCAGCAGCAGCAGCAGCAGCAGCAGCAGCAGCAACUGACUUCGUCCUCUGUUGCGUUGCUUGUCUCCCCAAGAGCUGCUCUUCAUGAUGGCUGGACUUCAGCCGUGUCUCCCCCAGAAGCAGCAGCAGCAGCAGCAGCAACCCCAGAGUCCGUCACAGCAGCAGAAGCAGCAGCAGCAGCAGCAGCAGCAGCAGCAGCAGCAGCAGCACCAACUGACAACUGGAGCUUGCAUGCAGAAGCAAGCCCCAAAUUGGACAGCCAGCCGUCGCCCUUGCCUAGCAAGAGCCCCCGCAGUGUUUACAGCAGCAGCAGCAGCAACAGCAGCAACAGCAGCAGUAGCAGCAGCUGCAGCAGCAGCACCUUUUCAAGUCCCAUGAACUGCAGGGCCUCCUUGCUGCAGCAGCAGCAGCAGCAGCAGCACAAGUUGCUGCAUGCAACCGAAGAUGCUGCUGUUUCGGACAGCAGUGCUGCCUAUGAGGCAGCAAGAAGAACUUUAAAGCGAGCAGCUGCUGCUGCUAAUUUGGGGUCAGCUUGCUUUGCCGAAGCAGCAGACGCAGCAGCAGGUGUGCUGCUGCAGCAGGUGCAGCAGCAGCUGCUGCAGCACCACUGCCGGCUGCGAAGACUUUCCUCUCAAGAAGCAGCAGCAGCAACGAGCAGCAGCCCGAGCAGCUUGCAGUCCGAAGUGUCUAUACACCGCAGCUGCAGCAGCAGCAGAGACGGCAGAGAGGACCCUUUGCUGCUGCAGCUGCAGCAGGCUCUAGAGGAAGCAGCAGCAACGUGCUCGCGGCUGCUGCAGCAGCAGCAGCAACAGCAGCAGCUGCAGGCCAAUCCCCUCAGCGCUAGUUUGUCUGAGAGCGUGGAAGCACGCAGGGUCCCUGCUGCUGCUGCUGCUUCUGCAGCACAAACAGCAGCAGCAGCAAGAGAGCUUUUGCUGCAGCGCAACAAAAUAUCUGAGCUGCAGCAAAGGCUGGCGCGGCUGUGCGUGCAGCAAGCCCCCGCAGCAGCAGCAGCAGCAGCAGCAGCAGCAGCAGCCGGAGCAGAAGAAGCAGCAGAAGAAGCAACAGCAGCAGCAGCAGCAGCAACAGAAGCAACGGUGGCAGCUGAUCGGCGUCCUGAGGAAGCCUGUGCCGUUGCUGCGUCUUCAGCUGCUCCCCCUGAAGCAGCAGCAGCAGCAGCAGCACAGCCAGCAGCAGCAGCAGCACCUCAUGCAGCAGCAGCAGCAGCAACAACAAAACCAGCAGCUGCUGCUGCUGUCUCGCUAGCAGACUGCAUGCGCUCACUCACGCUGCAGCAGCAGUCCCUGGAGAGGCUAAGAGAUGACGGCUUGCCUGCAACAGCUGAAAGCAGUCAGCAGCAGCAGCAGCAGCAGCAGCAGCAGCAGCAGCAGCAGCAAUCUUGGAAUGCAAGUGAAAGCGAUGUGGAUACUUUGCUGGCGGAGCUGCUGCAGGACGAUGGGAGGCUGCGGUGUACGUACAGCUCGUUGCUGCCUACUUCUGAGCCGGCAACAGCAGCCAGUGCAGCAGCAGAAGCAGCAGCAGAAGCAGCAGCAGCAGCAGCAGCAGCAACUGCAACCGCGGACUUGAGAGCAGCAGCAGCAGAAACAACAACAGCAGACACAGACGCAGCAACAGCAACCGGCUUCGAAUGCCCAGUCCUCCCGAGUGUCUCUGAGGCCCUCUCUCCAGCACCGCAGCAGCAGCAGCAGCGGCAGAAAAUGAUGCAGCAAGAGCAGCAGCAGCAGCAGCAGCAGCAGCAGCAGCAGCCGCGGGUAAAUGCAGCAGCCAGCUGUCGAAGCGGACGAGACACCCUCAUGGAGCCUCAGGGACAGCAGCGCCCCUGCCGUCCCUUUGCCCCCAGCAGCAGCAGCAGCAGCAGCUGCUGCAGCAGCAGCAGCUGCAGCAGCAGCAGCAGCAGCAGCAGCAGCAGCGUAAGUUCAUGGCAGCUGUGGAAGGGACACGAAGUCAGCCUUGCGGAGCUGCCGGCGUCUCAGGGGCUUCCCCGAGCAGCAGCAGAGCCGCUGCAGUACUACUAUCCUCCAAAAGUUAGCAAAGAGCAGCAGCAGCAGCAGCAGCAGCAGCAGCAGCAGCAGCAAUUGCUGCAGCAGAAGCAGCUGCACUCUCUGCAGCAGGGAGAGCAGCGAGAGCUGUGGCAGACCCACGAGCAGCAGCAGCAACUACUGCAGCAACAGCUGCGUGGUGCUGGAAUGUGGGACCCCGCUCCCUGCUGGCAGCAGCAAAACGAAUUGCUGCUGCAGCAGCUGCAGCAGCUGCAGCAGCUGCAGCAGGACCCGCAGCGGCCUCUUGCUGCUGCGCCGCCCGACAGUGUUGGGCCCCUGGGCAGCGGCCUCAGCAAAAGCUACAGCGCCUCCGUCAACUACCAAGUGCGCAGCAGCAGCAGCAGCAGCAGCAGCAGCAGCAGCAGCAGCAGCAGCAGCAGCAGCGGAGCGUCAGUUUACCAGACCUUGCUGUCAAAUGUCUCUCCCCACUUGAGCUCCACGACGCCCAGCAGCGCCAAGUCCUCUCCUAUGUCUUCUUUCGCGCUCAGCCAAGAGCCCCAGCAGCAGCAGCAGCAGCAGCAGCAGCAGCAGCAGCAGCAGCAGCAGCAGCAGCAGCACCAGCUGCUGCAGCAGCAGCUGCGGAGGCAGCUGGCCUGCCGCUCAACGUCUUUACCUGCGCUGCCGCGAGUCAAAGAAUGGUAUUUUGGGGGUCGCAGGCCCCACCCUUUAUUUGCUGCUGCUGCUUCUGGUCCGUCCCAGCUGCUGCAGCAGCAGCAGCAGCAGCUGCUGCUGCUGCAGCAGCAGCAGCAGCUUAGCACCAGCAGAGGAGUGCAGAGGCUGCGGUCGCUGCCUGUCAGCGACGUCUUCGCAUGCAGCAGCAGCGGCGAGAGUGAGCAGCAAACCCCCGGAGCUGCAGCAGCAGCAGCAGCAGCAGCAGCAGCAGCAGCAGCAGCAGCAGCAGCAGCAGGAAGGCCCCACAGAACGCGGCCCCCGGCGCUGCUGGCAGUGCCUCCAGGAGCAGCAGUUGCUGCUUCUUGGCUGCGCAGCCCGGGCUAG